AAUCGAAGACUGAGACCAUAAACGACGAAUCCCAACCAGUCGACUACAGCAGUCGUCAGUCGUCGACAACGUCUCUCAUCCCCCUGUGCAACACCUUUUUGCUGAGGCGCGCACAGUGCAACAGAAGCAGCAGCAGCAGCAUCAGGCGUUGUGGCAACAACACAAACAAGAACAACAACAGCAAUUUUGACAACGGCCACGCGCAGAGAGCAGCAUCAAAAUUAAGCCAAUCGACGAGCUAACCUAAAACGCAGCGUCGCGUCCAUCGACGCGGAACGGACAUUUCUGUGUGCGCUGCGUUUCAAAAAUCUGAUGGAUGGAAAUGCACAAAAUAUGUUUCACGGAAAUCAUCAAGGAGAUCCCUAUUACCGUUAUGAUGCGGCCGCCGCAGCAGCAGCCGCCGCGGCGGCAAAUCCUCGGGCCAUGGGCCCACCCGGCGGCUAUCCGCCGCGUCAUCGAGCGCCGCAUCCGCUACAGCAACAGCCACAAUAUCCAUCGUACCAGCCAACGGCGGAGAACCUCUACGGUUUGGGCGCCACGGAUCAGCAUGCCGCCAUGGGUGUCGGCAUGGGUGAUCUAAGUGGAUGGGGUGCGGCACCCUCCGUGUCUGUGCCCGGCCAGGCGGCAGCCUACCCGGGCGCUGGGUUAGGCGCCUAUGGACAUCCACAGGCGGCGCCACCGACGCAGCAGCAGCGUCAGAGCAACGCCAGUGCCUAUCGCCAGCAUAUGCCCGCCUAUGGACAGCAGGAGCAACAGAAAUUGGCGCCCUACGGCGCACAACAGAGCAUGAUGGGUGGCCUGGGUGCCAGUGGCUAUGGCAGCCUGGCGCCCCAGCAGCAGCAACAGCAACAACAGCCACCCACGCCGCAGCAACAGCAGCAACAACAACAACAGCAGCAGCAGCAGAGCCAGCAGCAGGCUCGUCUGCCGCAGCACUAUCCCCAGGCGCCCGGACAGCAUCCGCUGUAUCCGGGAGCGCCGGCGCAAGCUGGCCAGCCGGCAGCACCGCAAGCGUAUGCGCACAGUCCCUACGGCAGUCCGAUGCAACAUCAGCCGGGUCGCGGGGCACCGCAGCAUGUGGGCUACGGCGUGGGCCAUGCGGCGCUGGAUCAGGCGAGCGCCUAUGGGCAGCAUGUGGUGCCCGGUGCGGCGCCACCGUCGCAUCAUCUGACCGCGCAGCAGCAGCAGGCUGCGCAGUUGGUGGGUGCACAUCCCAGCGCACACAUUGCCUCAGCCCAACAGCAGCAGCAGCAGUUGCAGUCGCAGCAGCAGGCCCAGCAGCAAGCCCAGCAGCAGCAACAGCAGCAACAACAACAACAACAGCAGCAGCCCAAUCAUGUUAGCCUGAUGCAGCAGCAGCAGUUGCCAGGCGCAGGAUUGCCGCCGCCGCACAUGGGCAUGCCGCCCAGCUAUGGCAGCCACCAUCAGCAACAGGCACAGCAGCAAGUGCAACAACAGCAGCAGCAAGUGCAGCAACAACAGCAAGCGCAACAGCAGCAGGCGCAGCAGCAGCAACAGCAGAGUGCACCGCCCUACAUGUCCAGCAGCAAGCAUCAGGCGGCGGCACAGCUCAACUCCUCACCACAGUAUCGUGCACCAUUCCCACAGCUCUCCCCGCAGAUGUCGCCACGUCCGCCGACCAUGUCGCCGCAUCCACAGAUGUCGCCACGGCCGGUCGGUGUCUCGCCAGCGAAGCCGCCGCAAACGGCGCAACAAGCGCAGCAGCAACAGGUGCAACAGCAGCAGCAGCAGGUGAACUCACCCAGCCAGCACAGCAUACAGGGCAUGGUGGGUCUGCCCUCGCCACGCCCUCCACCCACGAGUGCAACGUCGGGCGCCAAGGUGCCAGUGAGCGUGGCCCCUGGCGUUGGAGUUGGCGUUGGAGUGCCGCCUGUCGUGAAUACGCUGCAAGCACUCGAACAAAUGGUUAUGCCGUCGCAAGCACACGGACUGCCGCCCAUGGAUUAUCCUUCGUCGUAUCGCAGCGCCGCUGUGAUGGGACCGCGCAUGCCCGCCUCACCCUCGCCCCAGCAUCAUCAGCAGUGGGGAGCGCCGCACAUGGCAGCCAUGCAGCAGCAGCAGGCGCCACAGCAGCCACCACCACAACAGCAACAGCAGCAACAACAACAACAGCAGCAGCAGCAGCAACAACAGCAGCAGCAACAGCAAGCGCAGCAACAACAGCAGCAAGCGCAAGCGAAUGCGCUGCUACAACAACAGCAACAGGCGGCAGCAGCGGCCGCGGCAGCUGCAGCAGCAGCACAGCAACACCAACAGCAUCAACUGAGCAUGUACGGCCAGAGCAUGGGACAACAACAGGUGCCAGUGCCGGUGCCAGUGCCAGUUGCAGUGCCGCCCCAGCAGCAACAACAACAGCAGCAACAGGCGCAAGCAGCAGCCACAGUGCAGCAGCCAGUGCAACAGCAGCCGCCGACACCAGUUGCUGUGCCCGUGCAGCAGCAGCAGUUGCAAUCACAGCAGCAGCAGCAGCAAUUGAAUGAGCAACUGCAGCAUUCCAUCAACGAUAUUGUUGGAGGCAACAGUCAGCAGCAAGCGCAGAUGUCUGCGCAAAUGUCAUCGUCACCGUUGCAUCAACAGAGUCUGCCAAGCAUGCAUCAUCUAAGUGCAGCGCAUCACCAGCAGCAACCCUCAAUGGAGACCAACACAGCGGUUGCAGUAUCACAGCAGCAGCAACAGCCGACGCAUCAGCAACUGCAGCAACAUCAGUCGCCCAUACAUCAACAGCAAUCGCCGUUGCAGCAGCAGCAGCAACAUCAACAGCAGCAACAACAGUUGCCAAGCUAUGCGCAGUCAAACAACCAACAACAGCAGCAGCAGCAACAACAACAACAUCAGCAAUUCGAUGCAUUUGCCAAUAUACUCGGUGACACACAACAACAACAGCAACCAGCUGCAACUCAGCAAAUCAUGUCACCAGCGCAUGUGAGUUCCCCAAUACCGCAGCAAAUGCAACAGCAACAACAGUUACAGCAGCAGCAACAGCAGGCAAGCGUGCAACAGCAACAACAGCAGCAGCAACAAGCAUCUGUGCAGCAGCAGCAGCAGCAACCACAAUUGCAACAACCAGCGACGCCAACGCCGUCAACAUCGUCGCAUCAUCUGAGCAGUAUACUCAACGAGACGGCCAACUCGAAUGAUUCAUCCACACUCGCGGUGGCUGCCAACGACAGCAACAACAGUAGCAGCAACAGCAGCACUAACAGCAUCGUCAACAAUCAGCCCACCUCAGUGCACGACAGCAACUCACAGAGCAGCAUCAACAGCAAUAAUCAACAACCGUUGCUCUCUGGCAUGGAUGCGGUGGCCAGCAGCAUGCUCAACAGCAAUUCAGAGUCCGCACACACCACACAUCAUGUAAGUGGCGUCGAUGUGGGACUCUUUGACAACAACUCGAUGAGCUCGACGAGUGCAGCGGCUGUGCAGGCUGCCUCUAAUGCCGCCUCAGCAGCAGCUGCUUUGCUCGACAGCAAUUCGCAAUCCUCGAAUGCGGAGUUUGAGAAGAGUGUCUGCGAGCCGGAGGCACCAAACGCUGGCGAGCUGUGUGCGCAGCUGGCGCAGGAUGAGAACAGCAGCGUGUCCAAGACGCAGACGGAAACACUGAACGAAUCAACGUUGCCGCCAGUGCAUGAAGACAACGAUUCCAGUCACAAGCAGCAGCAGCAGCAGCAACAACAGCAGUUGAACACAGAGGAACUCUUGGAGCAGACGCAGCAAACGCUGAGUGAACUUUCCGCCGUCGCUGGCGAAGAGAACAAGUCCGUCGAUGACAUGUGCGUCGACGAGAAGGCAGCACAGCAGCAGCAAACACAGUCGCAAUCGCAGCAAAUGGAUCCAUCACUGACGCAGCCAACGCAGUUAGGUCAACAGACGCCAGUUGGCAUGGGCAUGCAAGCGAUGCCGCCUCAUCCCAUGGCCGGCUAUGAUGCCCAGCAAGCGGGAGGCGCCGCAGGACCUCAAGGACCAGCCUCGCAUAUGCCACCAUCAAUGAUGCCACCCUAUCCGGGAGCAGCUGGUGGCAUGUAUCCUCCGUAUCCGAUGCUGCAUCAACAGGAGAUUGCAGCGCUGCAACAACAAAUACAGGAAUUGUACUGCAUGCCGCCCGGUCAUGAGCAUCAGCAUCAGGAGAAACUAAUGCGACUGCAGGAGCGACUCAAUCUGCUGCAGCAGCACGAGCUGGCAGAACAGUGUGCCGGCGGACCGCAGUGUUUGCUCUACCAGAACAUGCCGCCAAUGUAUGGCAACAGUGCGAUGCACAACCAGAUGGUCGAGAGCCCGCAAGUCUCCAGCACAACGGGACGUGGUCGGGGCAAGGGCGCCAACAAACCGCGCAAGCCACGUGCUAAGAAGGGCGACAAGUCGCAACAGCAGCAGCAACAACAGGAGCUGAUGGACAUCAGUGGCAAUGUUGUUGUGGCGGCCGCAAGCGCCAGCAGCAGCAGCAGUGGCAUACCCACCACUCAGUUGCCAGUGUCCGAGGAUUGUGUGACUCAAGGUGCGGGAGAUACGAGCGUGGUGGGUCUGCUGGAGUACAGCGAGGGCAUGGGUGAUUUGUCGCAGGAUGUGCACUCAGCCAAUGAGCUGGACACCUCCACCGAUGGCAGCGGCAAGAAGAAGAAGCCGCGCAAGCCACGCACUCCGAAGGAUCCCAACAAGCCACCUAGAGAUCGCACGCCCAAGGUGAAGAAGCCACGUGAUCCCAACGAUCCCAAUUCAACCGAGUCGCCAGCAGCUCGUAAGCGUCCCAGUACAAGCAAACGACGCAAGCAGUUUGGCGAUGAGGCGUCGGAGCAAACCGGCGAGGGCAGCGAACAGGAGGACAACAAACCGUUGCUGCCCAAAUCGGGCAGUGGUGGCGACGGCGAAGCCGAGACCAGCGGUGGUGCUGGCGCCGGUGUCGAUGGUGAAUCCCCUGACUAUGAUGAUAUACCCGUCUCGAAGAUACCCCGGGGCGCCAACGAGGAUGACAAGGAUGCCGAGGCCGGCGAUGAGACCGUGGACUCGGUGCCCGACUCUGCUGGCGAUGCGGCAAGCACACCCAGUCGUCGGGAUCGCAAGCGUUCGACGGCACGCAGUCGUCGCAAUGCCACCUCUGAGGAGGGCGGUAGUGCACGUCGCAAUCGGGGAUCGCUCAGCGCCAAGGCGUUGAAGAAACGACGCAAUCGCGGACGUAUUGUUCCCGAGUCAGAUGGCGAGGACGAUACCAUGGAUCGUACGCCACCGCCAUCACCCCCACCCGACUCUGAACUUGACUCGAAUAAGCGACGUUCCUCUCGGAAUACGCAACGCAAGAAGUACAUCGAUGAUGUGAUGCUGCGCUUCUCUGACGAUGAGAACUCGCUGCUGGUCGCCUCACCCGUGAAGAAGGAAAAGAAGUCCUCAUCAUCUGCGAAUGCCGCCAACUCGAAUGCCGGCAGUGAUGUGGAGAAGGCCGAGCCACAAUCUGGCGCAGAGGGCGAGGCUGGCAGCUCGGCUGGUGAAGAGAAACCCUCGCUGGCCAACGAAGAUAACAACAGUCAGACUGAAGCCAGCUCUAGCACAGCAGCUGCGGAGAAGGCUGAACGUCAAAGCGCCGCAAACGAGGCAGCCGCAGCAGCUGCAAUGUCCUCGAAGCCCAACUAUGUUUACAUCAACACUGGCGACGAAGACAGCAUGGUUGUGCAAUUCGUACUCGCUCUGCGCAUGGGCAAACGCGAGUUAAUACCAGAACAGCCAAAAGCAAAGACACCUGAACCUAAGGCUGAAGGUGAAGAGCCUGAGGCAGAAGCAGAAAAGUCCGAAAAGGAUGCUGCGGAGAAAACUGAAGAGAAGGAAAAAUCUGAUGGAGAGGAUGUUAUCAAAUCAGAUGAGGCCAAGGAGACUACAUCUGAGGUCAAAACUGAAGAGAAGAGAUCUGAAACCGAAGACAAAAUGGAAGUAGAAGAAAAACUUGAGGAGACUAAGCCGGAGGAGUCCGAUAAAGCUCCAGAAGCCUCAGAAAAGGAAGACGAAACCAAAAUGGAUGUAGACGAACCUGUCGUCGAGAAGGCGGAGAAGGCGGAGAAACCAGAAGAAACUGAGACCGACAAGGUAGAGAAGUCGGAAACUGAGGAGGAACAAAAGGAGGCCAAGACUGAUGAGGAAGAAACCCCAGCUGAGCCAAAGACCGAAGAUGACACUAAAGAGGAAAAAGAUACUGAGAAAGAAAAAGAGAUCGAGAAAGAAGAACAGCCCGAAGAAGCAGCUGCUGAGAAAAUGGAAGUAGAUGCCGAAGUCAAGGAGGGCGAAGAUGAGGCAACUAAAGAAGAGAAGCCUAAAGAGGCCUCAGAUGCGGAGGCCACAGACGAAACAAAGGCAGAAAAAGAUGGCGAGACAGAGAAACCCGCCACAGAGGAAACCGCCACCGAAGGAGAUGAUAAGGACAAAGACAAGACUGAGUCCGACGAGCCUAAGGGAGAUAAACCGGAGCCGGUGUUUAUCGAUGUGGAGGAGUACUUUGUCAAAUAUCGCAACUUCAGCUAUCUGCAUUGCGAGUGGCGCACUGAGGAGGAGCUGCUUAAGGGCGAUCGUCGUGUGGCUGCCAAAAUUCGACGCUUCCAGCAGAAGCAGGCACAGCAGAUGAACAUCUUCGAGAACAUCGAGGAGGAACCGUUCAACCCCGACUUUGUGGAGGUCGACCGUGUGCUGGACAUGUCCGUGCAUACAGAUGAGAACAGCGGUGAGACCACUAAGCACUAUUUGGUCAAGUGGAAGUCCUUGCCUUACGAGGACUGCACCUGGGAGCUGGAGGAAGAUGUCGAUAACGACAAGAUCGAGCAGUAUUUGCUCUUCAACAAAAUACCGCUGCGUUGCGAGUGGAAGAGCCGCAAGCGUCCACACCCGGAGCAGUGGAAGAAACUGGAGAAGACGCCCAUUUACAAGAGCGGCAACAGUUUGCGCCCAUAUCAGUUGGAGGGUCUCAAUUGGUUGAAGUUCUCCUGGUACAAUUCACAUAAUUGCAUCUUGGCCGAUGAAAUGGGUCUGGGCAAGACCAUACAGAGUUUAACGUUUGUGCACUCGGUGUACGAAUAUGGCAUUCGAGGUCCCUUCCUGGUCAUUGCCCCACUCUCCACCAUACCCAAUUGGCAGCGUGAGUUCGAGGGCUGGACUGACAUGAAUGUGGUUGUCUAUCACGGUUCCGUGACUAGCAAACAGAUGAUACAAGACUAUGAAUUCUACUACAAAACAGAUAGUGGCAAGGUGCUCAAGGAGCCCAUCAAGUUCAAUGUGCUUAUCACCACAUUCGAGAUGAUUGUCACCGAUUACAUGGAUCUGCGUACCUUCAACUGGCGACUCUGCGUAAUUGAUGAGGCGCAUCGCCUCAAGAAUCGCAACUGCAAACUGCUCGAGGGUCUUCGUCAACUGAAUCUUGAGCAUCGCGUGCUACUCUCGGGUACACCGCUGCAGAACAACAUUAGUGAACUUUUCUCACUGCUAAAUUUCUUGGAGCCCAGUCAGUUCUCUUCUCAGGAGGAGUUCAUGUCUGAAUUUGGUAGUCUGCGCACCGAGGAGGAAGUCAAUAAGCUGCAAGUGCUGCUCAAGCCCAUGAUGUUGCGUCGUCUCAAGGACGAUGUGGAGAAGUCCCUCGCACCCAAAGAGGAAACUAUUAUUGAAGUGGAGCUGACAAACAUUCAAAAGAAAUACUAUCGCGGCAUUCUGGAACAGAAUUUCAGUUUCCUCAAGAAGGGAACAACAUCGGCGAAUAUUCCCAACUUGAUGAACACCAUGAUGGAGUUGCGGAAGUGCUGCAUUCAUCCGUACCUCCUCAAUGGAGCCGAGGAACAAAUUCAAUACGACUUUAAGGCACAGCAUGGCGAGGAUCCCGAAUCCUAUUACAAGAAUUUGAUUUUGUCCGCCGGUAAAAUGGUCUUGAUUGACAAACUGCUGCCCAAGCUGAAGGCAAACGGACAUCGUGUGCUUAUCUUCAGUCAGAUGGUGCGCUGCUUAGACAUUCUUGAGGAUUAUCUUGUGUAUCGCAAGUAUCCGUUUGAGCGCAUCGAUGGGCGCAUUCGUGGUAAUCUGCGACAGGAGGCCAUCGAUCGAUACUCCAAGCCCGGCUCUGAUCGUUUUGUGUUUCUACUCUGCACAAAGGCUGGAGGAUUGGGCAUUAAUUUAACUGCUGCCGAUACGGUCAUUAUCUAUGAUUCCGAUUGGAAUCCACAGAACGAUCUGCAGGCGCAGGCGCGUUGCCAUCGUAUUGGCCAACGUAAGAUGGUCAAGAUCUAUCGUCUAUUGUGCCGCAACACCUACGAACGCGAAAUGUUUGACAAGGCAUCGAUGAAACUGGGUCUGGACAAAGCUGUGUUGCAGUCAAUGAACACGCAGGGCUCCAAGGAUGGCAACAACAAGCAGUUAUCCAAGAAGGAAAUCGAAGAUUUGCUCAAAAAGGGCGCAUAUGGCGCAGUCAUGGACGAUGACAAUGCAGGCGAUAAGUUCUGCGAGGAAGAUAUUGAUUCGAUUUUGAAGCGUCGCACCCAGGUUAUUACCAUGGAGUCGGAGAAGGGUUCCACUUUCUCGAAAGCCUCGUUUGCCGCCUCUGGCAAUCGAUCCGACAUCACCAUCGAUGAUCCCGAUUUCUGGACCAAAUGGGCUAAGCGUGUCGACAUUGAUCCCGAUGCAUGUGAACGCGAUGAGACCGAAGAUUUGGUGCUCUCCGAACCACGACGACGCACUCAGAUUAAGCGCUACGGUCACGAGGAUGUGAUGGAGAUAAACUCAGAGGAUUCCUCGAAUGAAAACAGUGACGAGGAAGGCGGUAUAGGUCUACGAUCGCGUCGGCGCAAGGAGAAGCGCAAUCGCAACCAAGAGAAGAAGGGACACGAAGAGUAUAUACCACGGGAGCGCGACGCUUUGGCUGCUUUGGGUCUGGAGGAGAUUCAAUACGGCAACUGGGCCAAAUCCGAGUGCUUCAAGGUGGAGAAAGGUCUACUCUCUUACGGUUGGGGACGCUGGUCAGAAUUGCUGGAGAUGGGACAAUUCAAGCGCGGCUGGCGUGACAUUGACGUCGAGGACUGCGCACGCAUCAUUCUGCUGUACUGCCUGCAAGUGUACAAGGGUGACGAGAAGAUCAAGACGUUCAUUUGGGAUUUGAUUACGCCCACAGAGGAUGGCGAGGUGCAGAAGAUCAGCAGGGAUCAUAGUGGCCUACACAAUUUGGUGCCGCGAGGACGCAAUGGUGGCAAGUCCAACAAGGAGAUGACUGGCAGCUCAACGCCAGCUCCUGGCACCGCCUCGGGCAGCAACAGUGGCAACACAACUCCGGCUCACAAGUCCAGCGCUCUCGAGGGUCCUGGCGAUGGCAAGGAGGGCGGCAUUAGCGCUAGUGCUGUGGCCGCUGCCGUUGUGACGGCACCGCUAAGCAUCCACGAUCCGAAUCAUUGGAGCAAGAAGGAGAAGUACGAUGCGGAUGCGUAUCUGGAGGGCGCCUACAAAAAGCAUUUGGGCAGACACGCGAAUAAGGUUCUGCUGCGUGUUCGGAUGCUCUACUAUAUACAGCACGAGGUCAUUGGCGAGUUUGUGCAGCAGAUCAAGGAUAAUACGCCCAUCAGCGAGCUCCCCAUUCGCCCGCCGCCAACGCCCGAUCAAGUGCCAUCCUCAUGGUGGAAUCCCAUUUGUUGUGAUAAGAGUCUAUUGGUUGGAACCUACAAGCAUGGCUGUGAAAUGUAUCGUCAAAUGCGCGCCGAUCCUAAUCUGUGCUUUGUCACUCACGUGGGCGCCGGUGCCGGUGACGAUUUGGCCGUCACGAAUUUGCCGAUAAAUGAGGACGAUGCAAAUUCCAAGCACGAUGACGGCGAUGAGGUGGACGAUGAUGGCACCACCACGACAAAAGACUCGGAUUCCACCAAGCUAACUGCGGGCGACAACAAGGACUCACUAGAUCCAGAGCGUCCCAGUUCGUCGGGUAAGAGCGAAAAGAGCGAAAUCAGCGGCGCCGCCAAAGGCAAAAAUUCAAAUUCAAAUCAAAAUCAAAAUCCAAAUCAAAAAGCCAACGAGGAAGCCGUCACGGGCGAGGGCAAUGGCAGCGCCGUCGAGGCGGACGCCCAAGCAGCGUCAGCUGGCAACGAAGCGCUAACCGAAUCGGCACAAAAUCCAGAAAAAGAUAAUGCUAAAAUUGAUCAAGAAAAUGAAAAUAAGGAUCAUGAAAAUGAUAAAGUGAAAGACGACGCACAACCGCCCGCCAACGAGGCAUUAGCUGCUCCCGAUGCCGAUGCAGAUGCCACCAAAGGCGCCAGCGAUGCGAAGGCCGAAGCUGUCGUUGAUGCCGACUCCUCGAGCUCAACGCCAGGCGGAGGCGCUGAUGCUGAUGCGUCGGCAAGUGUUGAGGCGUCUGCGGCAGCUAAUGUCGCGUCCGCGUCCGGGUCGCCGUCAACCACAACCACAACAAGCGCGGUGGACAUUGAAAUGGAUGAGGCUAAGAGCAAAGCCCAAACGGCCAAGGCCGCUGCGCCAGCUGAUGGCGAUGCCGAUGAUGCCGCUGCCAUUGCUCCGGUCGAGACCGGGUCAGACUCAUGCACUAACAACGCCACCACCACAAACAUCAAACCAACCACCACCACCACCACUACUACUACUACUAUUAUUACCACCAUUACCAAUCCAUCAUCCACCACAACAACAACAACUACGACUACUGCAACGACCCCUGCGGGGAGCGGGGAGUCGUCGACGGGUCAAAACUCCGAAAAUGCUAACUCCAACUCAAAUUUAGGCUUGGACGAGGAAGAGUCCGUUGCGGGCAGCUAUCCACCCACUCUGGUGGCCGUCGAAGAUGCCACUCUCUGGCCAUCCAUGCAGGAUCUCAACACACGGCUGCGACGUGUCAUCACCGCCUAUCAGCGCAACUACAAGAAGGAGGAACUCAAGCAACAGCAAAAGGCCAAGCUACAGGCGCUGGUCUCAUCGACACCGCCGCUGUCGGUGCCCACCACACCGACCCUGCAAUCGAUGCAAAUGCAGAUGCAGAGCGCUGGCGGCAAUGUUGGCAAUGUCGGCGUCGGCAAUGUCUCGGCCCAAGGCGGCAGCAGCGGCGGAUCAGUUAGCCAACUGCAGCAGCAACUCGACUCGAGCAAUCGCAGCCUGCAGGCGCUGAUGCAAUCGCAAGGUGCCAGCACCUCGGCAGCCGCCGCCGCAGCGGCCACGGGUGCCGCAUCCUCUAUGCAACACGGAUUGAGCCAGCAUCAACAGCAGCAGCAGCAACAACAGCAGCAACAGCAACAACAACAGCAGGUGGGAACUGUCAGUGGAUCUACAGUGCCGGCAAUGCCAACGGCUGCUGAUAUUAGCCUGAUGCUGAGCAUCCUCAACACCACCGACGUCAGUCAAUUGGCCAAUUUGGACAUCAACAAACUGGCCAUGUAUUUGGUCAGCAUGAACAAUAAAAUGGAACGCCAGGGCAAGAUGGAACUGGCGGCCAAGGAGCGAGAGUCUCAACGCCUGCAGCUGAUACCCAAAAAAUGGAAUCGUCGCGAGGAAUACGAAUUCCUGCGUGUGCUCACCGGCUAUGGCGUCGAUAUGCAACUUAGCACGCCUAUGGGCUCCAACAACAACAACAGCAGUCAACAGACUCCAGACUGGACCAAAUUCAAGCAAAUGGCACAUCUGGAGCGCAAGAGCGACGAGACCCUCAGUGACUACUACAAGGUCUUUGUGGCCAUGUGCCGCCGACAGGCAGGCCUCAAGCUCGCUGAAAACGAGCGUGGCUUGGAGGGCAUCAUCGAGGAAGUGGAGAAGGAGCAUGCCAAGCUCAUACUUGAUCGUCUAGAGCUGCUGGCCAAGCUGCGUGAAGUGGCGCGCAAUCCACAGCUCGAGGAGCGUCUAAAACUCUGCGGCAUGAAUGCAGAUACACCUGACUGGUGGGAACCGGGACGCCACGACAAGGAAUUGAUUGCUGCCGUACUGAAGCAUGGCUUAUAUCGCUCGGAGACCUUUAUCUUUAACGACCCGAACUUUAGUUUCUCCGAGUCGGAAAAGCGUUUCAUACGCGAACUCGAGGCUCAACUGCAGCGCACCAUCAAACUAGAAGCAUUCAAUGCAGAGGCCGAAAAGGCGGCGGCAGCAGCUGCGGCUGCAGAGAAAGCCGCUGCAGCGGAAAAGGCAGAAAAAGCCGCUGCUGUGAAGCACGAGGUUAUCGACCUGGAUGAUGAGCUGCUCACCAAGGAGAGCGUUAUCAAGAAGGAGUCGCCUGUGAAGGCUGAAGUCAAGCCAGAAGAAAACGCUGAGAAUACAAAGUCUGAGGCGGAAGACAGCAGCACCGAGCAGGAGAAGAGCAAGGUGACUGAGAAAGUCGAUGAAUCUGCAGAAGCUGUAACCGCCGAGAGCGCAGAAAAAGAAGCCUCCAGCGAAGACAAGCCGAGUAGUGAAGCCGCUAAGGAAUUACCCGCUGAAAAGGUCGACGACGAAGUCGAGGAAGUUAAGACUAAAGACAGCGAGGAGAAAAUGGAAGUAGACGAACCCAUUGCGGAGAAUGGCAAUGAGAAGGAAGCUGCAGCAGAGGGAGAAACCCCAAGCUCAACCGAAAGUGACAAACCCGCAACUAAAACAGAGGCUGACGAGGAGUCUGCAACGGAGGAGAAAAAAUCCACCGAACAGGCGGAAGAAACCAAAAUGGAUACAGAGACUACCGUCGAGAAGUCAGCAGAGUCUGAUGAGAAAGAAGCAGUCGAAGCGACCGCUGAAAAGGAAGAAGCAACUCCCGUUAAAGCUGAGGCAGCUGGUGAAGAAACCGCAGCAGUUGAGGCAGUCAAGGAAGCUGCUGCAGAGCCCGAGAAGGCAACAACUCCUGCCCCUGAAGUCGUCGAGGCCAAGAAGACCGAAGUUGUCGACGAAGUCACAGAUCUGACAGAAGAUGACAAGCCGGCUCCCGAGGAGAAGCCCUCUCUCAACGCAGAGAAGCAGCCUAGUGAGCAAGAGAUACUCGAUCUGGUUGCCGCACCCACCGAUCCCGACGACGACGAGGUUAUGAAGGAGAAAGAAAAAGCCGUCGAGGAAGAGUGCAAGAAGCAGGCAGCCGAACUCAAAGCUCGUUUCCCCGACCUUGAGGUCAUACAGCCGGCAGCUAUUAAACAGCAGAAGCUCGAAAAGCCUAAGCUGGAAAUGUGCAUGAUCCGUUGGUUCAAGGACUUUGCCCUCGAGCGUCGCAUCGCACACAUCGUCUGCUGCGUGGAGAGCAACAAGUGGCCUGUGGACAAGCACUAUAGCGCUUUUGCUGGUUUAAAGGGUGCCACCGAUCUCAACAUUGCAUUGCACGAAUCGAUACCACACCUGAACAGCAUUGAGCGUCGCUCAACGACACCCGAUGUCAUCACCAUCACCACAGAUCAGGGUGUAACGAAACACCUGCAGGCCUCCCAAAUGCAACAGGUGGCCAGCAAUGCUGCCGUCGGAUCGGCAAACAACGUUGUCUCGGCCAACGUAAUGCCCACGGUCAAGACACCCACAGUGGUGCCGACAACGGCAUCGUUGCCAGGUCUGGAUGCCAGCAGCAUCAAUGCAGCGGUUGCUGCUGCUGUGGCAGCUGCUGCCAGUGGCGGCAAUGCCACCUCAUUGUCCGCUUUAUUGCCGGGCAUGUCGCUGAGUGCGGCAACCGGGGGCACUGGAGCAAGCGGUGUGAAUGCCGCGGGAUUGAAUGUACCCAGUGGUGUUGGCGUCUCGACUGCAGGCAAAAAGCGCAAGCGACACAUUGCCAUCGAUGUAGAGACGGAGCGUGCCAAAUUGCACGCGUUGCUCAACAGCUCAUCAAUGGCUCCUAAAGACUGGGAAAGUGAGAUUGCCAACAUGGAAGCGUUGACUGGUUCCUCAGGACGUCGUGGCGGCUCAGCGGCAGCUUCGUCUGCAGCCCUGAGUGGCAUGCAACCGCCACCAGCGCAUCAGCAUCCCUCACUCUCCCGGCAAUCCUCCGGACAGUUCAAUAAACCCGCUGUGCCGGCUCUUAAAACGCCGCCACCGUCAAUGGGCGCUCCCAUGGAUCUGUCAUCCAGCUUGCCCAAAAUGAACAUGACAGAAAUGCUUAAAACGGCGUCCAGCGCCGGAGCUAUCGAUCUAAGUGAAGUGCAGGACUUCUCCAUGCCCUCGAAGAAGUCGAGCGUGCAUGCCGCGCUUAGCUCAGCCUUCCCCUCGAUGGGCAGCAAGAGCAAGCUGGACGAUACGCUCAACAAACUAAUGAAAAAGAACAAUUGCACUAUUGAAGAGCCUGUAAUUGGCAAGGAGAAGAAGCGCAAGAAGCUGGACGAGAUUGUGCUCGGUCUUUCGGCGGCCAAGGAGCAAAAGACCUUCCCGGAUCCCUCGCUGCCAUCCUCAAAGAAGCCACAAAUCCCACCGAGUGUGUCGGUGACGCCGGCUAAUCUGCAAGCGCCAAGCCAGCAGCAGUCGAACCAGAAGCCCUUUACCAUCACUGUUACGACAGUGCCCGGAAAAUCCAAGAGCAGCAACCAAGGCAGCGGAAGCGGCGCUGGUGCAAGCAGCAGCUCGACGGGCAGCGGCCUAAGCGCCCUGCAGAACAUGACCAUGGGCGGCUUGUCCAGCAAGGACAGUCUGAAUGCCCUGCUGGCCCAGACAAUGGCCAGCGAUCCGCAAUCGUUCCUCAAGCAACAGCAAAAGAUGAUGCAAUAUCUGCCGCCAGCGCAACGCAAGGCUUACGAAAACAUGCUGGCCGAAAUGGAGCAGGCCAUGAAGCUCAGCUCCAAGUUCAACGCACCACACGACGUCAACAAGGUCAACAAAUGGCUGUCGGACAUGAGCAGCCCACUCGGCGAUCAGCUCAGCAUUGACUACGUUGGUGCAGCGGGCGGCAGCGCGAGCAGCAGCAACAGUCGACGAGGCAAUCGACAACAGAGCAGCAGCUCCAGUGCCCAACAGCAGGCGGCAGCGCUGCAGAAACAGCAGCAGCAGCAACAACAACAGCAGCAACAACAACAGCAGCAGCAACAACAACAGCAACAACAACAGCAGCAGCAACAACAGCAGCAAUCCAUGAGCGGACCUCUCGGCUUAACAGGCGAGGAGCCAGUUCCGGUGAUCAACAAGCAGACGGGCAAGCGUCUGGGUGGCAACAAGGCGCCUCAACUUAAGCGUCUGAUGACCUGGCUCACGGAGAACCCUAACUAUGAAGUGGAUCCCAAGUGGCUGGAGCAAAUGCAGAACCCCAUGUCGGCACCUUCGCCCAAGCCCAGCGUCAGCAACAUGGACAACAGCGGCAGCUACGGCGCUAGCAAAUCGCAUGGCGGCCGACCCUCCUCAAACUCCAGCAAUGCCUCUUCCAGCAGUCACACCCAGCAACAGCAACAGCCGAGUGCAGCCCAAUCGCCAGCUGGCGGCAAUUCGAGUGGCUCGUCGAAGAAAUCGUCGCGUCAAUCGCAAUCGGCUGCAGCCUUGGAUCAGGCAGCGUUGCAGUUUGGUUCGCUAGCCGGUCUCAAUCCCAGUUUGUUGGCUAAUCUCCCAGGACUCGGUGCAUUCGAUCCGAAGAAUCCGCUGGCCGCCUUCGAUCCUAAGAAUCCGUUGCUCUCAAUGGCGCCAUUUGGCGGCAUGCCCGGCAUGGGCAGUCUACCCGGUCUGGGCAAUCUCAACAAUAUGAAUCUGUUUGCCAGCCUGGCGGGCAUGGGUGGACUGGGCAAUCUGGCCGGCAUGGAUGCUCAGUCGCUGGCUGCGCUCAUGGCUGCUGCGGGACCAACGCUCGGCGGCCUCACGGGCAGCACGGGCGCGGGCUCCGGCAAGAGCCAAUCGCAGUCGAGCGCUGGCAACUCCGCCUCCGCAUCAUCUUCCUCAGCGGCCGCCAACAAGAAGAAGCAACAGCAGCAGAACGAGGCCGCUCAGUUAGCUGCAGCAGCAGCCGCCGCAGCGGUGGUGAACAGCGGUGCUGGUGGCAACUCGAGCGGUGGCAAGAAUGCUGCCGCUAAUGCUGCUUCUGCCGCACAACUGGCUGCCGGUUUUCCGUUCCUCUUCCCCAAUCCGUCAAUACUGUAUCCGCCCAUGAGUCUGGGCGGUCUCAACCCGUAUUCCCUGGGCUCUAGCGGUUUGGGAUCUGCGUACGAUCAAUUGGCACAGCAGUAUAAUCUGCUCAAUGGCGUGACCACGUCAUCGGCCGCACUCACCGGAACCACGCAGUCCUCCAAAUCGCAUCAGUCGCAGUCCUCGAAGUCGAGCAGUUCACGUGGCGCCGCCAAUGCUGCUGCGAACUCGGCAGCCAAUCUGAUGAACGCUAUGGCGAGCAUGAGCGGCGGCACGGUGACGACACCCUCCACCAGCAGCAGCUCCAGUCGCAGUCGCGGCCAGAGCAACAGCCAACGCAAUUCGUCCGCCUCUGCGACGCCCAGUGCCGCCGACAUGGCUCAGCUGUCCAGUCUGCUGAUGCCCGGUGCUGAUCCGCAUCUGCUGGAAUCGCUCAGUCGCAUGAGCAGCAUGGAUCUGGCGCAGGCAACGCGACUAAUGAGCUCCCUCGGCAUGCCACCAUUGCCCACGCCAAGCAGUUCCAACAGCAACAGCAGCAGCAGCUCCAGCGCCGCCAGCAAACGUGCUGCGGCCGCCGCUGCUGCGAAUGAAGCCUCUGCGAAGGAGCAACAAAAGUGGCUGGAGAGUCUGGCACGCAGCGCGUUGCCCACGGAUCUGGCUGCGCUGCAGGCCUUCUCACAGGGCAAAAUGCCGUCGACCAGCUCGGCCAGCGGUAGCUCGAAUAGCGCCAGUUCCUCAGCGGCCAGCAAGAGCUCGAAGGCGAUGGCAGCAGCGGCUGCUGCAGCGGCACAAUUGCCGCAAAUACCCGGCAUGUCCAGUGACUUCUCCCAGGCGCUGCUCGCCGAGAUGGCUGCCCAGGCGAUGGCAGCCGCAGGCGGGUCGUUGCCGCUCAGUGGUCCCGGCUCACUGGCCAGCUUGGCUGGCUUGACAGGAGGCGCCUCCAGUUCAGCGGGUGGCAGCAGCAGCAGCGGCAGUAGCUCAGCGGCGAAGCGACAACGCGAACAGGAUGCGUUCAAGCAGCAAAUGGACUUCUACACCAAGUCGCUGGGACUGGGAUCGGGCAUCUCGCUGAUACCUACAUCUUCGGCCAGCAGUAGUCUCAAUGCAGCAGCUGCCUACGCAGCAGCUCUCGAUGCCGAGCAACUGCAGCAGCAGCAACAACAGCAGCAGCACAAAUCGAAGCGAGCUCGCAGCGAAAUGCAUCCGACAAAGGAUGAGUUGGCUGCUGCCGCCUUGGCUGCAGGAUUGCCGUUGAAUCUGGGCGCAAGCAUGAGCACCAUCGAGAAGAGUCUGCGUGGCGUCGGCUCCUCGAGCAGCUCUUCAACACCAGCGCCGACGCCAACGCCGGAGCAGGACAAGGUGACGCUAACGCCACUCAACAGCGGGUCGAACGCCGCCUCCAAUGCGGCAAUCGCUGCUAAUUUGCCCUCGCAGACAACGAUCACGAUUGCGCCGCCCAUCAGCAGUGGAGCAAGCACCAGCAGUGAACGUUCCGAGCGCAGCGAGUCGCGCAUCUCGCUGACCAUCACAAAUGCCGCCGAUGCCGCAAAGUUGCCGCCACCCUACGAGGAGGCCGACGAGCUGAUCAUUCAGCCCAUUCUGAAGAAGCCAACGGCGCCGAGCAGCAGCCAUGGUGGCAGCGUUGAGGAUCUGGAUGCCAGCGGUGGCGGCAAUGCAGUGGCCAACUUGAGUGGUUCCAGCAGCAGUAGCUCAUCGGUUGCAGCAGCAGCUGCUGCAGCGGCGGCAGCAGCGGCAGCUGAGGAGAAUCGUCGCUCAUCGAAUCGUUUGAAGCGCCCGCGUUCGGGCACCGAACAUGGUGGCGCCUCAGCGGCUGAGCAACCGCCGGAAAAGCGUCGUGAGCUGCGCUCCACGCGCCACACACGGCAAUCGGCUGAUGCGGCAACGCUUAAUCUGUCAACGGGGAGCGAGUCAGAGGAGCGGAAUGAAUGAGUAAAACGAUGCUCCUAGCCAGACGACAGCGCCCCAGCGGCGGGCGUUCGAACCAGACAAGGCCAGAACAACAACAAUAAGAAGCAUAUGAAGAUGAUGACGAAGACGAAGACGAAUAUGAACCAAAAGCAGAAACAAACGGCGGCCAAUAACGCAAGCAGUAGGCACCGCACCAGAAACGCAAAUCGAGGUGCAACCGCAACAGCAUCCAAACUGAAAUCAAGGCUAAAUGUAACGAGUACGCGCACUAGAACGAGAGCGAGUGCCACAACGAGCACGAGCAUGCUAACGAGAGCGAGUAAAGGCUCUCGACGGAGAACAAGUUCUAGUAAACGAACGAGAACGAGUGCGAGAAGUACGCGAACUCGCGCUAGAUUGAGUAGUAGAUCCCUUAAGCUUAAAGUUGUGUAAAGUAUAAGUAAAUAACCCCAUUACAUAUAUAAAUAUUUAUAUAUAUAGUAUAUACUAUGUGCAUCUAUAUAUAUAUACACAUUUAUAUAUAGAUACGUUUGUAUGUAGCGAGUAGGAGGACUCAGAUAUUGCUGCUGUGCCAAGCUGCAGCUUCUGUUUGUGGGGUGGCGACUCGCUUCUCACUCUCUCACUUCGGGAUCCUAUUGUGCGUUUAACAACGAGCACUGCUGCAACUAUGCUCGCUGCUGCAACGACACCGGUGAACAUGGAGAUCGAGAGAGAGAGAGUAGUGAGAGAAAUCUCUAGCAGGAGCAGGCAACUGGGCAAUGUAUGUGAUCCUCGGCUGAACGGAGAACCUAACACAGCGGGAAGCAGCAUUAGACUGAAACCCCGCAACUGCUGCAACUAAUUGCGGGGCCUUCAGACUAAUGAUGCUGCCACAUCACGGUUCCCUAUAUUAUAUAUUAAAAAAGCGCUUAUAAUUUAAUUGUAAUUGCGAGGCAGCGAGAGAGGAGAGGCUGCUGUACUCGCUGCCCCGCAGAGAGGAAAAGGAAGAAGACGCAGAGAGUAAUCGGUUUAAAUUAUUGCAAAUUAUUAUUGUAAUCGAUAAGCAAAAUGGCAAAAAGCAGAAUGUUUCAACAACAAAAAACUAACUUACAACAGUUUCAAAUCGACACACCAUACACACAUAGAUACAUACACUCAUACACACACACCUAUUAUUAUGUAUACACAUAUAUAGAUAUAUAGGAUUAAUUGGGUUCAAAGCUGUCGUCCUUCACAAGAGUUAAUCUUAAUCACAAAACGAAAUGAAAAUGAAAACAAACAACCUGUACAUAUUUUAGUAUCUUUAAAAGACUCGCGUCACUUAAACGUUCUCGUCGAUCACAUCAGAUCGUGGAUCGCAUCAUGAAUUCUCUCUCCAUCUGUUUUGAAUACUUAUCUAUUAUUUUUAUAAUGCAUAUAUAUAUAUACAUAUAUAUAUGAUUAAUUGUGUGUGUAUGUCUAACCCUCCUUCAACUACACAGCACCCGAUCUUUAAAUCAUCUUCGUGUAUCCUCCGCACCCUUUUGUCGUCCUGCCUAUGUUAUAAUUGUGUACUCGCGCAAGUCCUAUAUCUAUAUAUAUAUAUACAUAUACAUACAUACCUUUAUAUAUAUAUGUAUACAUAUACAAUAUACUGACAUUGUCAUUGUCAAGAUCGCUUUUAAUUUCUAAUUUUAAUUAUGUAAUUAGUGAACAAUUUAUAUUAUUGCAUAAGUUUUAAUUUGUAUUUCGUAUGUUUUUAACAAUUGAAAAUGAUUUUUGUGUACUUGGAACGUAAAACAAAACCUACCAACCAACAAACUAAUCAGUAAACAAAAUUAUAACAACAAGAAACAAAUCACACAAAUGUUUAUUGGAAGAGAAAGAAAAUAGAUUUUUUUUUAAAUUAAUUCAAAACUUUUAUGUAUGUAUAUGCAAUUGGCGCGAUUAUUAGACGGCAAAAACUGGCUCCCAAAAACAAAAGCAUAAAUAUAUAUAUAUUGAAUAAUACAUAAACUAUAUACAUAAAUCAAAAUGGAAAUACUAUUUUGUUUGCACUUUGAUCCACUCAACAAAAAACAACAAACAAAAGAAUAAAAACAUUAACAGUUGCACCAACAGACAAGAGAAAAUAACAAUUUAAAUUAGAGAUGCUAAGUAUAAAUCUUAAUUAAAGUAUGAUAAUUACAACACAACUACAGCAACAACAACAAGAUAAAUAUAUGAAAAAUAAAUUUCCAAAAUUACAACAAAA